AAUGACAAAAAGAAACUAGAAACUCUCUUGGUUCGUGCAACAGUCACUGCAGGGUUUUCAUUACGAUGGGUGCAAAAUAAAGAAGUUCGGGAACUAUUUGAAUUUUUGAAUCCUACUUUAAAAUUACCUGGACGUCAAACCUUAGGUGGAAGAAUUUUAAAUAAAGAAGUAAAGAGACUUGAAGAUAACAUGGUGAUAAAGCUUAAAAAUAAUUCAGUUGGACCAAUGCUUGCCUUUGAUGGUUGGACCAACAUAAUUAACCAAAAUAUCAUAGGUGCAGUUUUUAUUACACCUGAAGGAGAAGUAUUAGUCUGGAAGGGAAUGGAUAUUAGUGGUGAAAGAGAAAUGUGGAGAGAAGUUAUAGAAAAAAUCGAAUUAAUGUUUAGUGAAAUUAUUCAAAUGGGAGUAAAGCUAAUUGCAGUCAUUUGUGAUAGUGCAUCUUCUUAUGCCACUGCAAGACGUCGUCUUCGAUUAAAAUAUAUUGAUAUUUCUUUUUUGCCAUGUUACGCCCAUCAAAUGAAUUUAUUUGUGGGCGAAAUUUUUAAAGAAUCUAUUGAGUUUCGUCAAACAGCAGCCAAUGCAAUUAAAGUGGCAGUUUAUUUUCACUCAGUGCAACAUAAGUAUUUUAUUGAUAAAUUAAGAGAUUUACAGAAUGAAUUUUAUAAGAAAUAUAUUUCAUUAGCGACACUCACUUCUAAGUUUGACCCUCUUGAACCAUUAAAUGACGAUUCUUUAUAUCUUCCAGAAAAUAUUACAUCAAUUCUUUUAGAUGAAAACAAGGCACGUUUGCAUGAGGUCUUACACGGAUUUGGUUAUUUCGUGGAAUUUUGGAAAAGAUAUGAAGAUUUGGAAUUUGGCCAACAAAUAUUAAAUAGAUUAGAAUCAAGAUGGAGAGAAUGGGAACAACCGCUUCUUCUCUUGUCUUGGCUUCUUUAUCCAAAUUACCAAAUGAAAAAAUUUAAGUCUAACGUAGCUAACCUUAAUCAUGUAUAUCUUAGUAAAUGGCUUAUAUAUUACUAUGAAGCUUGGUCACAUAAUAAGUCUCGAUCGAUUUUACGUGAGUAUGAAAAUUUUCGAAGAGGCGCUUUUCCUUUUGAUAAUCAGUCAAUUAAUCAUUUCAAAGAUGGUGUUUUUGAGUUUUGGUCCUGGGCUACACCGACUGCAAAAGAGCUUGCAUUUGUAGUACAAAGAAUAUUUGGAAUUUGCAUAAAUGCAGCUUUAGUAGAACGUUUAUGUUCAUGUAUGGGUUUUCUUCAUAUGAAUCGACGAUGCCGGUUGCAUUAUAAAAAAGCAUUAAAUAUGAGUAAGCUUCGGGCCUCUAUUACUUAUCAACAUCAGUUGGAUGAUAAGGAGUUAUGUAAUUCUGAAGAAGAAUCCAAAGGCGAACUCUCUUCUGAUAUUGAAGAACUCUCUUCUGAUAUUGAAGAACAACCAUCUAAUAAAAAAGAUCGUGAAGAAUUGAAAGGAUUAAAGGAUGAUGAGGACUUAGAUGAAUAUGUUGAAAAUUUUAAUGGUUUUGUUGAUGAGUGGGAAGAAUUAUUUGAUCAAGAAGAAAAAGCACAAAAAGAUGCAGACGCCGAUUUGAAUUAUGAUCUAGAAGUGGAUAUCAAUGAUUAUCUACUUAAUCAAACACAUCCUGCAAUGGAAAUUGAAGCUAAAUGGAAUAUUUGUGAAAUAUUUAUUAAUGGUUUGGACGCGCCUUUCAAUAUUAAAUAA